AGGAAAGCAUGAGCGCGUUUAAUAAACAUUUAACUCAUAUAAAUAGAUGAAAUACGUUAUAUUACAUGGGUCAAGUUUUCUUGUGAUGCGCUGAAAAUAUAUUAAAGUCAAAUCUUUUAAUGCUCGGAGAGAUGAUAAUUAAGAUUUUUAUAACAGAAUUGUAGCAACAACAAGGCAAUGGGUAAGAAGAAAGGUAUAACAGAAUUAGACGUCGUUUGGCGCACGCUGAGGACUUGGGGCAAAUAUCAGUUAUUCCAGUUGUUUCUUAUACUUUUGGAUUUUAUUCCUGCUUCAUUUGCAAUACUUGGUGUCGUAUUCACAGGUUUUAUCCCAGAAUAUUCUUGCGAUGCCCCAUCAGAAGUAAACAAUGAUACGUCAUUGAGUAACAGCCUCAUUCUCAACGCUAAAAAAUGCCACUUUGACGUCAUCAGUCUUGAAACCAAUGAAACGGAAUCUAAAGCAUGUCAUAAAUUUUCAUUUGCCAAUGAAAACUCUUACUCAUAUGAGUGGAACCUGGUUUGUUCACGAGCUAACUUAGCCGCCCUUGCCCAGUCCCUUGUGCUGGCAGGACAAGGUAUUGGUGCUCUGAUUAUGUCUCAUUUAUCUGAUCGAUUUGGUCGGAGGACAAUUCACGUGCUAUCACAUGUUGCUGUGUUGUGUUGUAUGAUCACCAUGGCUUUCUCUAAAAUAUAUAUACAUGUUGCUUGUCUUACAACUGGUGACUGGGUCAUUUCAACAAGGAAUUGUGUGCACGAGUCAUACAAUUGUCCUCGAGAUCUUUCCAAAAGAAGCACGUGCAUUCACGUGCACGGCAUGCGUUGCAGCAUGGAGCGUUGGAUUAAUGGUCCUCUCCCUGUUCGGAUACCUCUUCAGGGACAUUAAUUGGCGAUAUCUUCAAUUAGCCUUGGCGGUUUUUUCACUGCAUGCCUUAGUCGAGUGGUGGUUUAUGGACGAAUCUUUACGAUGGCUUUUAUCAAAUGGAAAAUUGAAUGAUGCCAAGAAAAUUUUAAAGAAAGCAGCAAGAUGGAACCAAGUUGAUUACAAACAAGUAGAAGAUAUUCUGCAUAGAGAUUUUCAAUUAACAGAUACGGAGAAUGAAAGCGUUGAUGAAGAUCUUGAUAAUACAGAGAUGAAGAUAGCAACAGAAAGCUUGAUGACAGAUAACAUGGUGGAAAAGCAAAUGAAGACACAGGCUAUUAAAAAAUAUAACUUGACUGACAUAUUGAAAACCUCGUCUCUCAGGAUUAACUCGUUUAUUCUGUGGUAUACAUGGAUUGUUGGGGCGGCGACUUAUUUCGGUCUAACACUGGUGUCUUCCCAUCUUGCCGGUAACCGAUUUAUUAACUUCUUUCUGAGUGGCGUCAUUGAAAUUCCCUCACAAGUCAUCGGCCUCUUCCUCCUCAACAGGAUUGGACGGAAACGAACCAUGAUAUUAUGGUUUACAGUGUCAGGUAUCUCACUAGUCAUUGCCACAGUUCUUCUUACUGUUUUCGGUAACAACGAAGCAUCUAGUAUCAUUGCAACAGGGUUUUCACUGAUAGGGAAGUUGGCGAGCACCGGGUCAUUUGGAGUAGUGUUUUUAUAUACACCCGAGAUAUAUCCUACAAAUUUUAGGAAUAGCGGACUCGGUAUCGCUUCGUCUAUCGGAAGAAUUGGUGGGAUUUUGGCACCCUUCGUCAGCAAUUUGGCAUUGGUUGCGAUGUGGAUUCCAGGAGCAAUUUUUGGUGGAAUGUGUCUUCUAGCCGUUGUUCUGUCAUUCCGUCUUCCUGAAAGUACAUCACAUGAACUGCCAACAACGAUUGAGGAAUGUGAAACAUGGGAGAAAAAAUAAUAUCCAAUAGUAAAUUAAAGACGUGGUAAUAAAUGAAACAUUUGCUAAUGAAAAUAAAACAUUCGUACAACGUUCGAGGAAUGUGAAACAUGAAAGAAAAAUAAUGCCCAAUAACAAAUUAAAGACAUGUUAUAACAAGUUACGCAUCUAAAAACAACAAUAAAGCAAAUAAAGAUGGACGAUAUAUUUAA